UUGAAAUCAACGACCCGGAAACCUUCUGACGCCACUUCUUCUUUCCUCUUCUUCUGGUCUCCUUGGCACUGUCUUCUGUUCAUUAUGGCUCAGGCAGUACAGAAACUCGUUGCAAAAGUACCAACUUUGAUCGGUGCCGCUGUCACAUACUCCAAACCCCGACUAUCGACCUUCUGGUACUAUGCCCGGGUGGAGCUCGCCCCACCGUCCCCUGCUGAGAUCCCCAAAGCCAUAGAGGCAGCAUCGGGCCUCCUCAAAAGCUUCAAGGCAGGACGCCUGGGACAAACCACAGUGAAGGAUGCCUUAAGGAAUGGACUGGUGGCCACUGAGGUGCUGAUGUGGUUCUACGUUGGAGAGUGCAUUGGCAAAGGAGGCAUUGUUGGAUAUGAUGUCUAAAUAUUGACCUGCUUUUUCUUUGUGCACUAACUGUCACAUUCUCAACAACCUGCAUCACAUUUUCAAAUAAACAAUGUCUCAAACCUGAGAACUAUA